CCCAUAGCUGUGGGGCGCACAGCGAGAGAGAGGGAAGGAUGGAAGGGGAUGUCAUGUAUGCUGAGCUGCGCCUGCCCCCUGCACCAGCCCCUGUGCAGACGGCGCGGAUGUCCUGGCACUGGACAGCCGUCGGCCUUGGAGCCCUGUCCCUGCUGCUCCUACUGGCACAGAUCAUCCUCGUUGGAUUGAGCUUCCACUAUUUAGCCCGACAGGCGAGCUGCUGCCAUGGUCCCCAGUGCAUGGAGAACCUCAACUCUGGGCUACAGGCUUUGCAAGGGAGCUGCCAGUUCUGCCCAGUUGGCUGGCUGUGGCAUGCAGGGCACUGCUAUUACUUCUCCUCGGCCAAAAGGAGCUGGGAGCAGAGCAAGGAGGACUGCUGCUCUAGGGGAGCACAGCUGGCCAUCAUCCAAGCCAACAGCACACUGGCUUUCCUGACACACGUGUCCCAUAUGGAUGUCUUCCAUGUGGGCCUGAAGUGGAGCCUUUCUGGGUUUGAAUGGAAAUGGCUGGAUGGCACUGUGCUGAAGAGGCUCUUCCGAAUCCAACGCUCCACCAGCUCCUUCCUGGCCUGUGGCAGAGUGUCGGGAUCAGGGCUGUCUGGUGGUGACUGUAGGGAAGCCCAUGGCUGGGUAUGCGAGAAAAGUGCAGUCAACCUGCAGUGGCUGCAGUCCUCACCACCUGCUUUCCUCUGGGGAAACACCACCUAUACUUGUGCAGGGCCCUGAUGACCAUGGGGACAGCCAGUGCCCAGCACCCACCCCUGCC